UAUUAAAAAAAGGAAGUCUCUUACAGGAUGAAAUAUAAACCAUAAUAACCUUCACAUCAGGUUGUUCAUGAAUGAGUAAUAUGCACCUAGAAGGGAUAAUGAAGCUUAAAAAGUUGUGUACUCUCUGGUCUCACGGAACAUGGAGUCAAGAUAGCCAACAUUUAGAAAUGUUCCUAUUUACCAUACUGUUGUGUUUACCUGUUAUAGGUAAUGAUUCAUGUGAAUACCUUCUCUCAAGCGGCAGAUUUCUUGGAGAGAAAGUUUGGCAACCUCAUAGUUGUAUGAUGCAUAAAUACAAAAUCAGUGAAGCAAAGAACUGCCUUGUAGAUAAACAUAUUGCAUUUAUUGGAGAUUCCAGAAUUCGGCAAUUAUUUUAUUCUUUUGUAAAAAUAAUUAAUCCCCAAUUCAAAGAAGAAGGUAAUAAGCAUGAAAACAUUCCUUUUGAAGAUGAGACUGCGUCAGUAAAAGUGGAUUUUCUAUGGCAUCCAGAAGUUAAUGGUUCUAUGAAACAGUGUAUCAAAGUAUGGACUGAGGAUUCUGUUGCAAAGCCCCACGUGAUUGUAGCAGGAGCUGCCACAUGGUCCAUCAAGAUUCACAAUGGUAGUAAUGAAGCACUUUCUCAGUAUAAAAUGAACAUUACCUCCAUAGCACCACUCUUAGAAAAACUGGCCAAGACUAGUGAUGUUUAUUGGGUUUUACAAGACCCUGUUUAUGAAGAUCUAUUAAGUGAAAAUAGGAAAAUGAUUACCAAUGAGAAGAUAGAUGCCUACAAUGAAGCUGCAGUCAGUAUUUUGAAUAGUAGUACCAGAAAUUCUAAAUCAAAUGUAAAGAUGUUCAGCGUUUCCAAACUAAUUGCUCAAGAAACCAUCAUGGAAUCUUUGGAUGGCUUACAUCUUCCUGAGUCAAGCAGAGAAACUAGUGCAAUGAUUCUCAUGAACGUGUGUUGCAAUAAGAUUUUGAAGCCUGUAGAUGGUUCCUGUUGUCAACCUCGGCCUCCUCUUACCCUCAUACAGAAGCUGGCUGCUUGUUUUUUCACCUUGUCUAUUGUCGGAUAUUUAAUUUUUUACAUAAUUCAUUGUAACGCACAUCGGAAGAAUAAGCCAUGUACUGAUUUGGAAAGUGGAGAGGAAAAGAAAAAUAUCAUCAGCACCCCUGUGUCUCCACUGGAAAUACUUCUACAGUCUUUCUGCAAACUUGGCCUGAUCAUGGCGUAUUUCUAUAUGUGUGACCGCGCAAAUUUGUUUAUGAAGGAAAAUAAAUUUUAUACACAUUCAUCCUUCUUUAUUCCAAUUAUCUACAUUUUGGUUUUGGGAGUAUUUUACAAUGAAAAUACUAAAGAGACUAAAGUAUUAAAUAGAGAACAAACAGAUGAAUGGAAAGGCUGGAUGCAACUUGUGAUUUUGAUAUAUCACAUCUCUGGAGCAAGUACAUUUUUGCCUGUGUACAUGCACAUUCGAGUUCUGGUUGCUGCAUAUUUAUUUCAGACAGGGUAUGGGCAUUUCUCCUACUUUUGGAUCAAAGGAGACUUUGGGAUCCAUAGAGUAUGUCAGGUCUUAUUUCGUCUCAAUUUCCUGGUAGUAGUGUUAUGCAUAGUUAUGGAUCGGCCUUAUCAAUUCUAUUACUUUGUUCCCUUGGUCACUGUGUGGUUUAUGGUCAUAUAUGUCACUUUAGCACUAUGGCCACAAAUAAUCCAAAAAAAAGCAAAUGGAAAUUGUUUAUGGCAUUUUGGUUUGCUGUUGAAACUAACCUUUUUGCUGUUAUCCAUAUGUUUUCUGGCUUAUUCUCAGGGUGCAUUUGAGAAGAUCUUUUCUCUUUGGCCAUUGUCCAAGUGUUUUGAACUGAAAGGGAGCGUAUAUGAAUGGUGGUUCAGAUGGAGGUUAGACCGUUAUGUAGUCUUUCAUGGCAUGCUGUUUGCUUUUAUUUAUCUGGCUUUACAAAAGCGUCAAGUACUUUCUGAAGGAAAGGGUGAACCUCUCUUUUCAAACAAAAUUUCAAAUUUUCUACUCUUUAUUUCAGUUGUUUCUUUCUUGACCUAUUCGAUCUGGGCUAGCAGUUGUAAAAACAAAGCUGAGUGCAAUGAACUACACCCAUCUGUUUCUGUGAUACAGAUUUUAGCCUUCAUUCUAAUAAGGAACAUCCCUGGAUAUGCUCGUUCGGUUUACAGUUCAUUUUUUGCUUGGUUUGGAAAAAUUUCACUAGAGCUGUUUAUUUGCCAAUAUCACAUAUGGCUGGCAGCAGACACGAGGGGUGUCUUAGUACUCAUACCUGGAAAUCCUAUGCUCAACAUCAUGGUCAGCACUUUCAUAUUUGUUUGCGUGGCUCAUGAAAUUUCUCAGAUCACUAAUGAUCUCGCACAGAUUAUUAUUCCUAAAGAUAACUCAAGUCUCUUAAAAAGGUUGGCAUGUAUAGCUGCGUUUUUUUGUGGACUCCUUAUCUUAUCAUCCAUUCAAGAUAAAUCAAGACAUUAAGUUCUUAAAAUCCUAAAAAACUUCAAUUCUUUUGGCUUACUUUGUGUCUGCCUAAAGGAGAAAAAGCAUCUAUGUGGAGCUAUAAACGUAUAUGUAAGUAUAAACGUGUGCGGCAAGGGGACAGUUCGGUGGCGUCUAUUGAACAUAUGUGGUUGUAUAUAUUGGAAUGUACAUUUCGAAUGUAAUAUUCUAAAGAUAGAU